GAUGCACCGCCGCUGUCUGCCCCGCAGUCACACAGAGACAACAAUAUUCCCACACGUCAAGGACUACCACAACCACCAGCUCGGUUUACCGACAGCUCCUGGUGCUUUUUACCGAAAACACAGCCACUGUGGACCACCUGCGGCAAGAUGUAUCACUCUGACCACGGCGUUGACUUCCCGGACCUCUCCUUCCAAAUCCCUGGCAGCCCUGCAGAGCUGGGCCCAGAGAAGAGAGCGUGAACACAACCCUCAAAAAACCACACAUCCACCUUCCCCUUCACCCAGACAGGGCAUCCUCUGCUCCAGUCCCUCCCUCCCUCCUCCUCCUCCUCCUCCUGGACCAUGGACAGCCCUCCGAAGCUGUCAGGUGAGACCCUGAUCGUGCAUCACAUCCCCCUGGUGCACUGCCAGGUGUCGGGCGGGCGGCAGGGUGGCUGCGGGAUGUCGCUGAAGAGGAGCAACCCGUUUAGCCCUCCGGAGAACCUGGGCUUGAGUCGCACCACUUCGCUUCCCGAGAGGGACGUCCUUCAGAGAGAGGCUCUGCUCUACAGCAGUCUGAUCCAGACCUCCAGCGGCUCCUGGGCCUCCCACAACGGGGGGAGAGAGAGGAAGGUUGGUGUGCGAGGAGGCAGCACAGCGAGUGAUGAUUCAUCGUUUACCUCGAGCAAUUCAGAGGACCAGCUGAUUACAGCUCACACAUUACCCCGAGCCAAGCCGAGAAACAGGAAUCCGUUGCGUCAUAAUCCAUUCCUGUUGAAUACCGAAGAUGAGGAUGAUGAAGAAGAUGAGGAGGAUGGGGACAACCUCAGUGGUUACCUGGAAGACUCCUCUUUUCACCUCCACAGCGACACCAACUCCGCCCUCGAUGACGGGAUGGCUCCUUUCCACUUACACAAUCUCGGCUUUACUUCGGAGCCCUUUCUCUUGCACAGGUCAGUGGGUGGAAGCAGUCGGGAGUCCCUGAGGGCCGUAGCCUCGGAUCUGUCCACCCACCUGGAGGACCUGGACAUCCUCGGACUGGACAGCCAGCUGCGCCACGGCAGCAGCGGCUCCAACAUGUCCAUGGAUUGUGGAGAGCAAGACUGGGUAGAUGACGAGGGAGACGACGAAGAUCAUCCCAUGAGGUGUGGGCGAAGCUCCUCCAGCUCCUCCAUGCAGCACUGCUCCUGCUGUGCGCUCUCGCAGAACUUCCCUCAGCACUUCCCUGAAGCCUUCUCGGAGCCGUUCUCUGAGUGCCAGCAAGGCUACGGCAGCGACUCCUCCUGCAACAGCUCGGACGGCGUGCUCGUCAACUUCAGUGCCAUUUACAACAAGAUGAACAACAGUAUCCCGGAGAAGCCGCCGGUCUCUGGGCACACCAACCUCAACAGCUCCACCGACCACUCCUGCACCUCGUCUGUUUCUGAUCCACCAGGAAACCAGCACGACUCGACCGGAGGGGCGUUUUAUUUGGACCUGCACACCUCCCCGACUGAACCUCCCCUCUCACAGCAUCAACCCCCCUGCAUUGGCGGCACCUUCCCUCUAAUCCGUGAACCGCACCUGUCCACCUCCUCCACCUGCUCCUGCGCUGUGGAGCACCUGGGGGCUCUCGACCUCGACGCCAACUGCAACUCCUACCACCCUCCACAUUCAGGGUCGUCCGGAGACAUCGCUUCCUGUCUGCAGAGUCAGGCGCGCCUGGUUGUCGCCACCCAGAACUACUACAAGCUGGUCACCUGUGAUCUUUCCUCUCAGUCGUCCCCGAGCCCCGCAGGCUCCUCGGUCAACAGCUGCUCCGAUGAGCACAGCAAAGGCAGCCCCACCCCGACACAGCCCAAUGAGUACUUCCUGUUCAGGCAGCGAGGUGAUGAGGGGGGCAUGGAAGAGGAAGACGAAGAGGGGGAGUCGUCUAGGCGAGAUGAUGAUGACGAUGAUAAAGAGGAGGACGAGGAGGAGAAGAAGAAUCAGCAGGCAGCCGUCGGGGCUGAAGCUGCUCCUCCCGUGAUCGAAGGUCAGGUGUACGUCAACGUCUCCCCUCCUCUGGCUGGCCGCGGUGUUAUUGGAGCGCCCUCAGGAAGCCGUCCCCGCUCUCGCAGCUACGACCGCAGCCUGGACAAGUCUUCGUCUCCUCGCCUCGGCUCUCUGGAGCGCAUGUUGAGCUGCCCCAUGCGGCUCAGCGAGGGCGCCGCCGCCACGCCGACCCCGCCGCCUCCUCCACGAGUCACGUCCUUUGCAGAGAUCGCGAGAAGCAAACGGAGAAACGGAGGCUCGGGGGGUUCGCCGUCGAUGAAGGCAGCUGCAGACCCUUUCUCCUCAACGUACUCCACCCACUCCCACUCCUCUGUGGAUUUCUCUCCGAUCCUGGAGCAGCGUGCGGAGGUGGACAGUCAGAGUCUGUCGCCUGUACCCUUUACCAGGUGUUACAGUCAAGGCAGCAUUGAGCGACACCUGGAGGGGGCGAGGGAGACCAGGGCCAAGGCUGAAGGUGGCCUCUCGACUUCCUCAGACAGCCGCCCCGCUGUGGUGCGCUACAGUAAAGACCAGCGACCCACCACGCUCCCCAUCCAGCCCUUCACCUUCCACCACCAGUUUGCCUCCAAACCCCCGCAGCCGAAGCCUCUGCUGCCCCUGCUCACAGGCUACGUCUCUGGGAUGCAGGCCCGCUCCAGCUCUGGCUCCGGUUCUGGUUCUGGCUCUGGGGGUCCGGUGGGGGAGGACAGCGAAGAAGCGGCUGAAAAUGUGCACAGGUACCAGGGGGCUCUGGCUGCAGCAGCCCCUCCACCUGGAUCAGUGCGACCUUCGCCUCUCGGGAGCUACUCCCCGGUGCGGCUCCAGGGGGCGCCCAGCUCUGGGACCUGCUCCACCUGCACGCCGAGCCCUCAGCCGCCGCACAGCCUCUCCUGCCCGCUGUCAGCAGGCCUCGGCCCCCUGCACACCCCGCCGACAGGGAAACAGGGAGCAGGCUCAGUGCCGUUACCGCCCACCCCUCCGCCUCCGUCCCUGGGGGCGAAGAGAGGGACAGUGCCACCGAUGCUGCCAGCGGUGCAGGGACACUGUUUCCAUCGUGGAGCUCUGCCCAGUUUACCGGCUCUCCACAGUGACACGCUGAGCCCACUGGGCUGUCUGGACUCACACGUGGAGGGAAACAAAGCACCCGGAGCCAGGACACAUAACGCACACCACCUCUCCCCCCAGGCGCUCAAGUGGAGGGAGUACCGUCGUCGAAACCCUCUGGGACUGGAGAGGGCCUCAGGGGGCCACUCUUCUGCAGGAUCGGGGCCCCUCUCCGGUAACCUGGAACCCAGACGGGUCGGACCGCGACCUGCCAGACGGAACGUGUUUGAUUUCCCUUCAGUGCCCUCGGGCAACGCUCUGGGACGCCUCAACGCAGUAGGCCAAUCAGCAAAGCUGCAGCAGAUCUACAGCGACUUCCUGCCGGACUACUUCUCCCUGACCGAGAAGCCUCCAGAGGAGUUCUGCCUCUCCCCCGACGCGUCGACCUCCUCCUCCUCCUGCUCCUCCUCGCAGUCACACAUCUCUGUGGACCUGACGCAGAAGAGAGGUUUGGUGAAAGCCGUGAACACUGCAGUGGAUCUGAUUGUGGCACAUUUCGGCACCAGUCGAGACCCAGACGUCAAGGCCAAGCUGGGGAACAGCUGGGUGAGUCCCAACGUGGGUCACCUCAUCCUGAAGUACCUGUGCCCGGCCCUGCACGAGGUGCUGCAGGACGGACUGAAGGCCUACGUGCUGGACCUGAUCAUCGGACAGCGGCGCUGUCAGCCCUGGAGCCUGGUGGAGGCCUCCACACAGCUGGGCCCGUCCACACGUGUCCUCCACAGCCUGUUCUCAAAGGUGAGCCAGUACUCUGAGCUCACCAGCCACAGCAUGAGACUCAACGCCUUCAUCUUCGGCCUGCUGAACCUGAAAUCUUUGGAGUUCUGGUUCAAUCACCUCUACACACACGAAGAUAUUAUCGCAGCACACUACAGCCCGUGGGGUUUCCUCCCCCUGUCGCAGGGGGCGUGUCAGCCGCUCUUUGAGGAGCUCCUCCUCCUGCUGCAGCCGCUGUCGCUCCUCCCGUUUGACCUGGACCUGCUGUUUGAGCCGCACCUCCUCCAAAAGGGCCAGGAGCACCUCCGUCGGAAGGAGCAGCUGUGCUCCGCCGGCCAGAGUGUCGACCAGUCGACCCGCUCCACCUUCCAGCUCAUGAGGGGGUGGAGCACCACCGUGAGCGAGAUGGUGAGAGACUCAAGCGGAGAGGUGAAGAAAGAGAGGGCGGCGCUGAGACGAGAGGGGACGUGGCCGAGGAUGGAAGGGGUCGGGUCGAGGAGAGAGGGAGUGAAGCCGAGGUUGAGGAGUGAGGGGGAGGACACGGAAAGCGUGACAGCCGGGCCUGCGAGCAGAGCGGCGAUGAUGGAAGUAGGGUUUGCCAAUCUCUGGAAGGAGAGAGGGAUGAGUGGACAGAGGAUGAAAGGCGUAGGACAAGAGAGUCAAGGAGAAGGUGAGGACGGACAGGAGAAGGACAGGAGGAAGGAGAAAGAGAAGGAUAUGACGGACGAGGGGCGGCAGCGGCAAGACAGACAGGCGGGCUGGUGGUACCAGCUCAUGCAGUCCUCCCAGGUCUACAUCGACCAAUCAGCAGAGGGGUCAAAGUUUGUAAAGACGGAGAAGAGGAAGAAGUCGGCAGAGAGACGACAGAACCAGCUUCCGCCCACCAGAGAGGGAGUGGUGGAGGGGGCCGAGUCGAGCCAGGAGGGGGAGGGAUACAGAAGCAGGAAGAGCAGCAGCAGCUCCAGCGGGGAGUCAGCUGGGUCCAGAGGGAGGCCUUCGUGGAUGGGCAGCCCGCCAGAGUCUGUCCUCAACCAGGAGAAAGACACAAAACCUCUGGAGCUCACAGGGACUGGAGCUCAAGCUGCUGCCCAGGAGGAGAGCCCCCAACAGGGACAGAGUCUGCGCUGGAGCAGGCUCUUCGGAUCCAGUGUUGGGUCUCCUUCCAAGGUGGAGGCAGCUGAUCAGAAGGCAAAAACUCAAAAAACCAGGCCUCCAUCAGGGUGGCUUUCUCUGGAUCGGUCUGUUCUCGACCUCGUGGCUCAGACUAUCGGAGGAGGGAGUGGGAAGAAGGCAGAGCUUCCAGCUACGCCCACUCACGCCCAAACCUCACCUCCACCAACGUCAAACCAACCAAUCGAAGCCAGACAACAGUCUCCAUGUGAAGUACGAGCUUUGUGCCACCACAUAGCCACCGAGCCUGGACAGCUGAGCUUCAACAAGGGCGACAUCCUGCAGGUGCUGAGCAAGGCUGAUCCAGACUGGCUGCUGUGCUCCCUGGGUGGAGCCAAGGGUUUGGUUCCCAUCAUCUACGUCACCCUCAGCAGCAUGGAGGACAGCCACGAUGCCUCUGGACUCGGACAGUGCUGAGUUAAAGCUGCCCAGAGACGAAUUAACGCAAGAUGAAGGCAAACCGCUUCGGAGUCAAAGGGUAUUGCUGCCACACACCUACUGAGAACAAAACCUGUACAUUGGGGAUCAUCCCGAAAACGAGAAAACAAAAAAAACACUGUAGAAAAUAUGAAGACGAUGUACAGACACAUGCAACGCAAGCAUGCGGGCUCAAACACUAACUCACUUUCAAGGGUACAUCCACGCAGAGUAUGCAUGCAUACAUCCGAAAAAACCAAAAGACCAGACAGGAAACCCAAAGACACUCCAAAAAACACGCUUCUCUCUCCGCGUGGAGCUGCGCUACGAGCUUAACUACGUGACUGUCCAAGUCUCCGUGUCAUCCAUCUCGCAACAAAACAAGGAGGGCCUUCUCACAGAUGGAAAACUUCACAAAUAUGAUAUACGCCAUGCCUAGCUGCACUUUGCUGUACUGUACGCGUUCACCUCGCUGUGCCACACUCUGAACACACUUAUUCUCCUCAGUGGAACGCCGAGGUCUGUGAUGUCCUGUUGCUUAUUUGGUGCCGAUUGAUCUUUUAAAUUCAUGUAGAAGCUUUUUUUUUUUUUUUAAGGUAAGAUUUAAGAUGGUUGAUGUAAAAGCAAAAAAAAACCUUUCGAUCCGUGUCUGCUCCGGGUGCAGAGAUUCAGCAUAUUAUUAUUAGGAGAUUAGAAACCCGUGACCUUACACCGUGACCUCCAGAACGCAGCGGGGCGGUUUGCAGCCGAUGAUGAGGGCUCUCUGCUGAAAAACGGUGGAUUGCUCCUUCUGGGUUGUGAGAAAGUUGCUGUUUCAAGCGAAUCGAGUUUUGUUCAUGAGUGAGGGGGGAAUGGAGCGUGAGAUGGAGCGGCGGCUCAGCGGUGAUACAGGCGCUAAACCGGACCGUCACGGUGAAGAGAGAGCUGAGCUGAAAGGCAUCGAUUUACCGCUCCAUCUGCGCCUGAGCUUUGGGUAGUGACCAAAAGAACGAGAUCCGCAGCACGUUCUCAUCCAAACUCGUCACCUGUUGCAGCUUUGUCAGUGGACUUCCGCAUCGACAAAUCAUGAGUUAAGUAUCCUUCUGCCUCUGAUGUUUACGCUCCAUGAUGUCAACAGAUGAUCAUGGUGGGCUGAUGUGGCCCGUGGUUGUGCUUAGUAGGGCUGGACCAGAAUAUUUUGCUAUUCAGGUAUUUGGUUUUCAAUUUAGGCAUUCAGAUAUUUUUUUUUUUUUGCAGAGGAUGAAUUUUACUUCGGUGUUUGCGAUCCUGCUGCUGCGCCUGUAACACACACACACAAACACACACACACACACACAGUGACAGGAAUGAUCAUUUGAUAUUUUGUCAUUUUUAACAGUUAUUAACGACUUGAUUGACUGAGUCAAACCAAUUCUGUGUCGGUGUGUCCGGUCCCGAAACGCAAACACGUGACCCCCCGCAGCUCCACUGGAGCUCUGUCCGGCAGCACAGAGCAGGUGAAUUCCAGUAUCUUCCAUAAUGAGGACAUUUAUCAUUUCAGAC